CUUUUCCAAAAGCGCACGCUCUUCCUCUGCGCUAGUUUUCUAGAGGAGAAUGUCUUACGCCCUGAAAUUUAUCUGGGUUUGUGAGUUGGGUCGGGUCUGUUGCACAGACCAUGGUUAACAAAGAUGCACGGUGUUUAAGGGUGACCCACAAGGCAUAGAGAUAACCAACUUGAUAGAGGAGGAGGGGGGUCGGCUGUUGCCACGAAAGCAGGUCUAGUCAGAGAAGGUUGGAAGCCACGGGUGAGGGAAGCGGGAUAAAUGAGAGCAAGUCAAGGCAUAGAGCGCGUGGUGGAAGAAGAAUAGGAAGCAUCAGUAGUUGUUUUUAAGUAUUAGAACAAGAUGACUUCCACACUACACUCCACUCUCCAUGCUUUUUCCUUGCUUUACAAAUUGCAUUAGCUAAUUCAUUGCUUCUUCUUCUUGUAUUUCCAUUCCAUCUGCAAGUUAUCCACACCAAUUUGACCACUGAAUUUCAGCUGCCCCACUUUGCACGCAAUUAAACCGUCAUACCCACAUGCCCACUUUGAUUUAAGCUUCCACAAGCAGUUACUCACUUUAAGAAUUGAAGCCUGAAUUGCUUGAAUUGUGAAUUGGGUCAGUGAUUUGUUUUGUACACUGCUUAGGAUUGAAGGUCGAGUAGAAGUGGAGUUCACAGCAUGACAGAAGUGGAUAAAUUGGUUGCUGUGGAGGUGGCAAAGAAGCAAGAAGAGGAAGAAUUUGUGCUGCAUCGGCAGCAGGAGGUGCACCCACUUGGGAAUUUCAGCUACUUCUGCAAAAUUUGCAGCAAGAGAUUUGUGUCUGGAAGAGCCUUGGGUGGUCACAUGAGAGCCCACGGCCCUGUGGUCAUGGCAGAACCUGGUGAGAAGAAGAGGAUGCUUUUCAAGUCAGUGGAGGAAGAGGAAGGAGAAGAAGAGGAGGAAUUGAAUGGUGAUCAAUUGUAUACUCUGAGGAGGAAUCCCAAACGCAGCUGGCGGUUUUCGGAUCAGGAAUACCCAUUUAUGAUGGGUGCCCAAUCCCAAGAAGAAGAUGGGUCUACGGAGAGUGAGAGUGAGGCUGAGAUUGAGCAGCACCCUGCUUCUGAAAACUACCCAAAUGAGAAUUCAAGAAGCUUUGAUAUGUGGCUGAAGGGAAAGAGAUCCAGGAGACCCAGGUAUGCGAUCCAAAGUCAGUCACAUCAUGAAGAGCAAUUCAGUUCAGAUACUAAUGAAGAGGAGGACAUGGCACUCUGUCUUGUAAUGCUUGCCAGUGGUGUAAACACUGCCACCCAAAAGCUGGAAUUCCAUGGUGGUGAGCAGCAGCCUGGUUUCCCUCGAUCAAGCGACCUCAAGGUGCCCAAGAUCAACAAUGCUUUGGAGCUUCCUAAAUGCAUCAAGAAGAGGCCUAAAACUAAGAUGGUGGAUGCUAAUGUGGAUCCCUCUGAUGAUAAGAAAACCAGGUAUGAGUGCACUACAUGCAAUAAGACUUUUUAUUCAUAUCAGGCACUAGGAGGUCACAGGGCUAGCCACAAGAAGGUCAAGGGUUGUUUUUCAAGGAUUGAUGGGAUGGAGGAGAAUGAAAGCCUAGAAGAAGAGAUUACCGAUGAAGAGCCCAUUAGCAGAUCAGCAGAUUCUCAGUUGCCCAAUGAUUUCCCAAAGCCUUCUGCCAAGGAACAGACCAAACGUACCUUUGAUGAUGCAAGAGAGGAAAGUGGUGAAACAACACUCCAGCCUGGUAUUCCUUCUUCUGUUAAAAAGACCAGGAUCCAUGAAUGCUCAAUUUGUCACAGGACCUUUGCUUCAGGGCAGGCUUUGGGUGGUCAUAAAAGAUGCCAUUGGGGCAGCGCAGGAAAUUCAGAUACUAUUAGUACUGUGUCAAGCACCAAGGAGCCCCCUGUGCAGCAGCAGAGGCCUAUGAGGUCGGAGAUGCUGGACCUAAAUUUGCCUGCCCCUGUGGAUGAUGACUCCGAAGCUAGACAGCUCAAUGUUUUAGGUGUGAAUGUUAAAAAUUCUCACAAGCCUUCCAAUGCUGAAACUCACAGCAAAGUGAGCCCUCCUUUUUUCCAGUCUUGGUGGAUGGGCACCUACCCAAAACAAGGACAUUUCUUGUACAAUAAUCACGCUCUGAUGUCUAUAGAAGAUGAAGCAGACAGUAAGCUCGGAAAGAAAAUUGAAUUUGGUGGGGUAGAAGAUUUGAAAGUCUCAAGCAGGUUACAACCUUGGUUGCAACUGUGAGCAGACAGUGCUAUGUAAUUGAUAAAUUCUUCUACAUUCUUUGUUCCAUUGAUGUACAUGUAAUUCUAUAAUGCUCAGAUUCAUAGAUUCUAUUUAGCUCA